UCGCUGAUUGAGUUCUCCCUCGUUAGACGAUCAGUAAUGCUGAUGGAAGAAUUCUCAAUGAAGAUUUAUGCACUAAGUUCGCAAAGUUAAUUGAUCAAUCAUCGGUGAUUAUCUACUUUAUAGCUUCUUCCGAUUUGAACAGCUGGUGCUUAAGUUGAUUCAGUAUGAAAAUGAAGUGUUUGUUCUUCGUGGUGAGUAAAACAGGUGUUUACUGUGAUUUUUCUGUGUCGCUGAAAUCAAAAGUGAUCAUCUUUUCUCAGGUAUUCCUCAUUUUUGCUAAAGCCGAGGUCAAGCACGAACCCGAACCUGGUACCCCAACCUUUGUCCGGUCUUCUGUGGAGAGUCCUCCGGCUCCUGAUAGGGGCAAACUCAAAGAAGACUAUACAGAAUAUCAACCAUUUGGCUACAAAUUCCUCCCACUGCGGAGUGCUGUUGAAAGUGCUCCGAGCGUGUCACUGUCUGAACGGAUACCGUUACGAGACGCUGUAGAGGCUCGACCGGUGUAUGAUGAUGAACCCAAGAAGAGGCGGAAGAGAGCAAGUUUCUACGAUGCUUUUUUAGUACCCAACCCUUACUCCCUGACUGAACCCCAACCCUAUAGGAUCGGUUCACCCUAUCAACAACUAGUUGAUCUUUCUGAUGUCGGCCAGUACAGUCAACUCAUUCAACAACCCCUCCAUGAUCCUGUCCCAUUAGCCCUCAGGCGUAGGGGAGAACCCAAAAGGUCCCAGGAACAGAAGGUCCUAUGUUACUUCACCAACUGGGCCUUCUACAGGAAGAACGAUGGGAAAUUUUUUCCUGAACUCAUUGACCCCUCGCUCUGCAGCUAUGUCAUCUACACCUUUGCUACCCUGGACAUCGAUAAGCUGACUAUGAAGGAGUUUGAUCCCUGGGCGGAUCUGGAAAAUGAUCUCUACAGACGGACAACAAAACUUGACGUCCCGGUUCUUCUAGCUAUUGGAGGCUGGACUGACUCAACCGGUGACAAGUACUCCCGUCUUGCGGCUAGUCCCUCAGCUCGGGGUAAUUUUAUCCGCAAUGCCGUUACCUUCCUCAAGCAGUUCAAUUUCAGUGGGUUGCUCUUCGACUGGAACUACCCCAAAUGCUGGCAGAGCAACUGCAAGAAGGGACCAUCGGCAGAUAAAACGAAUUUUGCAAAGUUUAUGGAAGAAAUGUCGGCUGAAUUCCGACGUCAGGAUCCUCCUAUGACUUUGGGAGUUUCCCUGUCUGGGUACAUCGAAGUGAUCAAGGAGGCCUAUGAUCUAAAAUCUCUGUCUCAGAGUGCGGACUUUAUGCCUGUGAUGACGUAUGACUACCACGGAGCAUGGGAAGGGAAGACUGGACAUGUGAGUCCUCUGUUUGCUAGACCAGGAGAUAGGUUCCCGCAGUACAACGUAGACUACACUAUGCAAGAACUCGUUAAGAUGGGUGCAUACAGAGAGAAGCUGAUCAUGGGAAUUCCUUUCUACGGUCAAACGUUCACUCUCAAAGAACAAAGUAGGGGGAGUAUCGUCCUGGAAGGAGUCGAAACAAGAGGUGCAGGAAAUGCAGGAGAGUUCACUAGGCAACCUGGUAUGCUGGCAUAUUACGAAAUUUGUGACAGGAUCAGGAAGCAGAAGUGGCAAUCCGGAAGGGAUAAUGCUGAAAAGUCUGGUCCAUUUGCAUGGAGAGACAACCAAUGGGUUGGAUAUGAAGAUCCCACGAGUAUCGCUAGGAAGACAAAGUAUGUUAGAGAUGAAGGCUUCGGAGGAGUUAUGGCUUGGACGGUUGAUUUGGAUGACUUCAUGAAUCGCUGUUGUCAUGAAUCAUUCCCUCUGCUCAAAGCCAUCAACCGCGGACUGGGAAGAUUGAAUUCCCAAGCUCCAGUUGCUGGAGAUUGCACAAGACCGCCAACCCCUGUUACCCCAGUUCCACCUGUUAUGACAACAGUGGGAGAAAAUGGUGUUGAUAGCAUGCAUCAUCAUACGGGAUGGCCAGCUUGGACUUCAACUUCAUCAACUGCGGGAUCUUCAACGCCAGAGGUCACAACCAGUUCGGAAUCCACAACAACCACACAAACUGUCUGGUGGUCUCCUACAACUACAACAACAACCACAACAACAGCUGCUCCUACGACUACAACAACAAGACCUACUACAACCAGACGUCCAACAACUGCAGCCCCAACUGUCAUUCCUCCGCCAGUAAAUGUAAUGCCAAUGCCUCAUCCUGAGAAUAAAAAAUGCGAAGGACAUCAGCAUAUUCCGAAUGACAAAGAUUGCUCAUCGUACUACCGUUGUUCCCAAGGGGAGUUCAUACUACAACAAUGUGCAGCAGGACUGCACUGGAAUCAAAUGAAUAAUGUCUGCGAUUGGCCGGCAAAUGCUAAGUGUACGAAGGAUUUGGAUAUUACUACAACAACCCCACCUAGGAGAACAACUCCACCUGCUACAACUAGAUUUACAACAACACCUCCUAAGAGGACAACAACAACCGCAACUACAACAACUCAAGUUGCUUUCAUUACGCAUCCAACGGAGAAGCCAUCAGAUGAUUCGCAACCAUGUAUUUCUGGCCAGUACUAUCCCCACAAAGACUGUUCCAGGUACUACAUCUGUGUCAACGGCAAGAAGGUAACUCAGAUCUGUCCACCAGGUCUGCAGUAUCAAUACCAAGCAUCAACAUGCGACUGGGCAGAUAAAGUCAAGUGUAUGUCUGUUAAUGAAUACUUCAAACGACUUGGCUACAAAGCGGUGCAAGAGGGAGACUCUUGCGAGGAAGGAACCUAUGCUCCUUUCCCAGGUGACUGUACCCAGUACCUCAGAUGCAUCCACAGUCGCUAUGAUAUUAUGACAUGCGCCGAUGGAUUGCACUGGAAUAACAAUUUGAAGAAUUGCGACUGGCCAAAAAGAUCCGGAUGCAAGGAUGAAAGACCCAGCCAAGCUGACACUACCCUAGAUCAUAGGGAACCUCAGGGUCAACCUCCUAAAGAAGAGGAUCAUCCUCCAGUUCAGGAACUUGAUGGGGAAACCGUUCCUGAGUCAACAAAUCUAAAACCGUUCUCUGGAUACUACAAGAUGGUUUGCUACUUCACCAAUUGGGCUUGGUAUAGGAGGGGUCUAGGGAAGUACGUCCCAGAGGAUAUUGACACAAAUCUCUGCACUCACGUUGUUUACGGGUUUGCCGUAUUGGAUUACUCAGAACUCGUCCUAAGGACCCACGAUUCCUGGGCAGAUAUUGACAAUAAGUUCUACGAGAGAGUGUCAGGAAUGAAGAAGAGGGGAGUUAAGGUGAGCCUGGCCCUUGGUGGAUGGAAUGAUUCGCAAGGUGAUAAAUACAGUCGCUUAGUUAGAUCUCCAGCAUCUAGGAAGAAAUUUAUUGAACAUGCCCUACUCUUUAUCGACAAGUAUGGGUUUGAGGGACUGGACCUGGACUGGGAAUACCCAGUUUGCUGGCAAGUUGACUGCAAGAAGGGUUAUCCUGAUGAGAAGCAAGGGUUUGCCGACCUAGUUCGGGAGUUGUCCGAAGCUUUCAAGCCCAAAGGAUACCUUCUGUCUACAGCUGUAUCUCCUAGCAAAAUGGUCAUUGAUGCUGGGUACGAUGUCCCUACCCUAGCAAGGUACUUUGACUGGAUUGCUGUGAUGACGUACGAUUUCCACGGACAAUGGGAUAAGCAGACGGGUCAUGUGGCUCCUCUCUACUACCAUCCCGAAGAUGAAGUUCCACACUUCAAUGCAAACUUCUCACUGCACUACUGGAUCGAGAAAGGGGCUCCUGCUAGGAAGAUCGUCAUGGGAAUGCCUCUCUACGGCCAGAGUUUCACCCUGGCGGAUGCAAAGAACAACGGACUCAAUGCAAAGGCUCCAGGACCCGGACAAGCUGGAGAAUUCACAAAGGCAGCUGGAUUUUUGGCAUACUAUGAGAUCUGUGAUAGGAUCAAGAACCGAGGAUGGCAUGUGGUGAAGGAUGAACAAGGAAGGAUGGGACCCUAUGCUUACCAUGGGAACCAGUGGGUGUCUUUCGAUGAUCAGGAAACACUGAAGAGAAAGGCUCAGCUCGUGAGAUCCAUGGAUCUCGGAGGUGGAAUGAUUUGGGCACUGGAUCUCGAUGACUUCAAGAAUCGUUGUGGACAAGGGAAGCAUCCACUGCUUACGGUGAUCAGGGAAGCUCUCAGGGAUCCUCCGGCUGGCAAAGAACCUCCCCCUCAAACUUCCACAAUGCCCAAGCCAGAAGAGCCAGUUGUAGAUACAGCCGUGGAGAAUGUUCCAGAAGCCCCUCAGGUUAAACCUGAAGGUCCUGCUCACUAUGCUGAGGAAUCUGUUGAUGUUGAGUCUGAUGACUCUGCGGAGAUUUCCAAUGAAGUCCAAAAUGACUUCAAGGUGGUCUGUUACUUCACCAAUUGGGCAUGGUAUCGUCAGGGUGGUGGAAAAUUUGUGCCGGAAGAUAUUGAUCCGGAACUCUGUACGCACAUUGUUUAUGGUUUUGCUGUGCUCAAUCGGGAAACCCUGACGAUCCAGCCACAUGAUUCCUGGGCUGAUCUGGACAAUAAGUUCUACGAGAGAGUUGUGGCGUUCAAGAAGAAGGGUGUUAAGGUGACAAUGGCCAUUGGGGGAUGGAAUGAUUCUGCUGGAGAUAAAUACAGUCGAUUGGUACUGAGUCCAUCGGCUAGGAGUAGAUUUGUGCAGCAUGUGAGGGAAUUUAUUGAGAAAUAUGGAUUUGAUGGGUUGGAUCUGGAUUGGGAGUACCCUGUUUGCUGGCAGGUGGAUUGCAAUAAGGGAUCGUCGAAUGAGAAGGAAGGUUUUGUGGAAUUGGUGAGGGAGUUGUCUAGGGAAUUCCGGAAGAAGGGAUUACUUCUGUCUUCGGCGGUUUCUCCGAGCAAGAAAGUUGUCGAUGAAGGAUAUGAAGUAGCUGCUCUGUCGCAGUAUUUUGAUUGGAUUGCCGUGAUGACGUACGAUUUCCAUGGACAAUGGGAUAAACAGACGGGGCAUGUGGCUCCGAUGUAUCAACAUCCGUCCGAUUACGAACCGACUUUCAAUGCGAACUUCUCAAUAAAUUAUUGGAUUGAGAAGGGAGCGGAUCGGAGGAAGAUCGUCAUGGGAAUGCCAAUGUACGGGCAGUCAUUCUCUCUGGCUGAAGGGAAUCGCCAUACCCUGAAUUCUCCGACUUACGGAGGAGGAGAAGCCGGAGAAGCGACGAGAGCUCGAGGAUUCCUCGCCUACUACGAGAUCUGCUCGAAUAUUCGGCAGAGGAAUUGGCACGUGGUCAGAGACAAGAAAGGAAGGAUGGGUCCGUAUGCGUACAAUCGGGAUCAAUGGGUAUCCUUCGAUGAUGUCGCCAUGAUCCGGCACAAGAGUGAAUACGUCAAGGCGAUGGGAUUGGGAGGAGCAAUGAUUUGGGCUCUGGAUCUCGAUGACUUCCGCAAUGUCUGCCAAUGCGAAGAGUAUCCACUUCUAAGGACUAUCAAUCGCGUCCUUAGAAGGUAUCCAAGUCCAGCUCCGAAAUGCGUCCUGGAAUCCCAAACGGAGUAUGAGGAUGACGAUAGAACUCCUCCUGCUCCAACUACUUCAACGACAACUGAGAGAAUCACCAGGAAAACCACACAGACUCCUCCCAAAAGAACCUCCACGGCAGCAACGGCCACGCCUGAAGGAGUUCCAGAAGAUUCCCAGCCAUCCCAAGGCAGCCUGGAGAAUCAAUCCUGUUCAGGAGACUCGAUGAUGCCCCAUGAAGGUGACUGCAAUAAAUACUACAUCUGCCAAUUUGGACACUACGCCAUUCAGAGAUGCCCUCAGAAUCUUCACUGGAACCGAGAUCACUGCGACUGGCCAGACGCUGCGAAAUGCCAACCCGGCGGAGACACAACAAAUCGCCCUCUGGCCACCAGGAAGACAACAAAACAGCCCACAACUUCCACAGAAUCCACCCAAGAACUCCUCACCGUUGUCACAGAAAAAACAACUCAAGCUCCAGAACUGCCACCAAUUGAGUCCCCGUCAGAUCCAAGUGGCAUGAAAGUGGUCUGCUACUUCACCAAUUGGGCUUGGUAUCGUCCAGGAGAGGGCAAAUACACUCCAGAUGAUAUUGAUCCAAAUCUCUGUACGCACAUCGUUUACGGAUUUGCCGUGCUAAACAGGGAUACUCUGACGAUCAAGACUCACGAUUCCUGGGCAGAUAUCGACAAUCGCUUCUACGAGAGAGUGGUGGAGUACAAGAGGAAGGGCAUCAAGGUGACUCUGGCCAUUGGCGGCUGGAAUGAUUCCCUAGGAGACAAAUACAGUCGCCUAGUGAGGAAUCCACAAGCCAGAGCAACAUUUGUUCGAAAUGUAGCGGAGUUCAUUGAGAAGUACGGAUUCGACGGGCUGGAUCUCGACUGGGAAUACCCAGUUUGCUGGCAGGUGGAAUGCGACAAGGGAUACCCAGAUGAGAAGCAAGGUUUUGCGGAUUUGGUUAAAGAACUGGCCCAGGAAUUCCGUCCACGAGGAUGGCUCCUGUCCUCAGCUGUCUCUCCCAGCAAAAUGGUCAUCGACAAGGGCUACGAUGUGCCCACUCUUGCUGACUACUUUGACUGGAUCGCCGUGAUGACGUACGAUUUCCACGGGAACUGGGACAAGCAAACUGGCCACGUGGCUCCGCUCUACUACUACCCAGGGGAUACCUAUGACUACUUCAAUGCCAACUUCUCCAUCAAUUACUGGAUCGAGAAGGGAGCUCCGCCCAGCAAACUCGUCAUGGGGCUCCCGCUCUACGGACAGAGCUUCAGUCUGGCUGAUCCCUCGAAACGCGGCCUCAAUGAGAAAUCCUAUGGACCUGGAGAGGCUGGAGAGUUCACGAGGGCCGGAGGAUUCCUGGCCUACUAUGAGAUCUGUCAGAGAGCAAAUAGCGGAGGAUGGACAGUUGUCAGGGAUUCUCAGGGGAGAAUCGGUCCGUAUGCUUACAAAGGCAAUCAAUGGGUGUCCUAUGAUGAUGUCAGCGAAGUCCGGAGGAAGGCUCAGUUCAUCCGGGAGAUGAAAUUGGGCGGAGGAAUGAUCUGGGCACUGGAUCUCGAUGAUUUCCGUGGGAGAUGUGGAUGUGGGAAGCAUCCGCUGCUUAGGACUCUCAACCAGGAAUUGAGGGGAAUUUCUGGUCAGAGAGCUCGCGACUGCACAUAAAUCAUCUCAUUAAUCUAAUUAUUUGUAUCUCAGGCAGCCAAAAGCCUCAAAUAAACAAAUCCAGAAUUUCUAA